AUGAACAUUUAUGCAUUUGUAGCCGCUUAUUUAUCUAACAUUAUGGAUAUACCAAUAAUUACUUAUGAUGAUUAUUUAUCACAAAAAAAUAGUAAUCCUAACCAAUUUUAUCAAUCCUUUGAUUACAAUUCACUUCAUGAAGCAUAUCUGGUCAAAGGUGUUGAAACUUCUGAUGGUGAUGUGGAAUUAGUCUUUGGAAAUUCUGGGGAGAAUAUCGGAAAUAUUUUCAUCAAAAAGUUCUCUGGGGGAAUUCCACCGAAUGAACAAUGUUUAAUUUAUAACCUUAAGUCACUUGAAGGACAUCGAACUGGUUCGAACACAUUUAAUAUUCUUGAUCCCGAAUUCUUGGAUCCAAGUUACGACUACGACUUUACAAAUAUGCAAAGUGGUGGGAGAAUUUAUACGCGUGGAAAUUUCAAGUAUUAUCGACCAUAUGGAUGGAAACGUAUCGCGUUAAAAGUUCUUGAUAAAUUUGAUGAUAAUGAUUGGCUUGGUGCAAAAGAUAGGAUGAAUCCCUUUAAUUCUGUGGGUGGAAUAAAUAUUGAAUUUGGUAUUGGAAUUUAUUCUACUCCAUAUAUUGAAAUAGCCUCUGGUUAUGCUACAAGAUUUGAUUAUGAGGGAGAGACAUAUAAAGUCGUGUUUCAAAAUCGUGUGAAACCUAAUACCUUUAAUAUAGAAACUUUAGAAGGUAUUUUGUUACUAGUAAUGACAGGGAUAUUAGACCUUAUGGUAUUUGCAUUCAAAAAUGUAAUGCUUCCUUUUCUCCUCUUUGUUGUAUUAAUUAAACGAAAGAAAGCUUUGUUCACCUAUAGCAUCAUAUACAUAUUUUAA